AUGAAUAGGGUCCAUUUGAAGCUCAGGUCCUUCACUCUGCUGGUUUUUAAAGGCAGAUCUCUCUCUGCUGCUCCUGCGGCUCGCACAACAAGCUGUGAUUAUCCUCUCCACCGGACUGUUUCCCAGUUCUUCCGAACUAUGGCUACUAAUACUACUACUAAUAACCCGGAGAUGAGGCAGCAGCUGGGGUUGAGGAAAGCCAAGCAUAAGGAGCCUCUGAGGAGGGUGAAGACCAAAGAGAGCAGAAACAAACGGGACGUCCACGGACCGUCCACGGUGUACCUGCAGGUGAUCGGUGCUGGCAGCAGAGACAACGCUGCGUCACUCUAUGUCUUCUCAGAGUACAACAGAUACCUGUUCAACUGUGGUGAAGGAACACAGAGACUCAUGCAGGAACACAAACUGAAAGCUGCUCGAUUGGACAACAUCUUCCUGACCAGACUGAGCUGGGAGAAUGUGGGAGGUUUAUCAGGGAUGAUAUUAACGUUGAAGGACACUGGUGUCCCAGAGUGUGUCCUCUCUGGACCUCCACAGCUGGAGAACUAUCUGAACGCCAUCAAGUCAUUUUCUGGACCACUGGAAGAGAUCAAGUUGUCGGUUCGACCGUACACUGAAGAGACGUACACAGACAAUACGAUGACAGUUUAUCAAGUGCCAAUAUUUGCCCAGGUGAGGGGAGACGACAGAAAGCUCUCCCCCAGAUCAGGCAGGAACAGUAGCCCCUCUCGUAGUCCUCCCUCUCCCAGGAGAGACGAUCCAGGCAGUACAGGCGAGAGACGAACAGCAAAUAGAGAUACCUCUCUGGUGGUUUCCUUCAUAUGUAAGCUUCACCCCAAGAAAGGGAACUUCUUAGUGGCUGAAGCCAAGGAGCUCGGUUUGCCUGUAGGCACAGCAGCCAUCGGUCCACUCAUCGGCGCUUUGAAGGACGGGAGAAGUGUCACAUACGAAGGCAAAGAGAUCCGGCCGGAGCAGGUUUGUACUCCCACUGACCCGGGACCAGUCUUUAUUAUCGUCGAGUGUCCGUCUGAGGACUUUGUCGACGCUAUUUGCACCAAUCAGCAGCUGAGAAGAUACCAGACAGGAGGGACAGAGGACUCUGCUGCGCUGGUGGUCCACAUGACUCCAGAGGCUGUUCUGACAUCCGAUCAAUACAAAAAAUGGAUGGAGAGGUUUCCGUCCACAACAGAACACCUGAUCCUGAAUGAACAAGUCUCUACGGUCCACAACGUCAGAAGUCACAAGAUUCAAGCUCAGCUGAACAUGAUUCACCCAAACAUCUUCCCACAACUCAAGUCUUACACAACAAAGGAGGCUCAGGCUGCCCUGCACGUCCCCAACGUCAGAGCCGAGUGUCUGCUCAAGUUCCAGCUCAGACCCGUAAUGGAGUGGCAAAGAGACGCCAUCCCCUCCUGCAACACGGAGGAGUUUGUGAAAGAGGCGUCUGAGGUCCCAAACUUUCUGGAAGAGUGCAGGAAGAUUUGCUCCACUGACGCUGCUGCAGAGCUUUCUGGGAACGGAGAUAAACACCCAGAGGUGGUUUUCUUGGGAACCGGAUCAGCUCUUCCCAUGAAGAUCAGAAACGUCAGUGGCACUUUAGUUAAUAUGAGCCCGAGUCAGUCGAUGCUGUUGGACUGUGGAGAAGGAACCUUCGGUCAGCUCUGCAGACACUACGGGGACGCCGUGGACGACGCUCUGUCCAAGAUCUCCACCGUCUUCAUCUCUCACAUGCACGCUGACCACCACACAGGGCUGCUGAUGUUGCUGUAUCAGAGGGAAAGAGCGCUGACAACGUUAGGGAAGCCAUUCAGCCCCAUCUCCUUGGUGGCUCCGUACCAGAUCAUGACUUGGCUCGGCCAGUACCACGAUUACUGCGAGGAGAUCCUCAACCAUAUCAACCUCAUCCCUAACAAAGUCCUGGUUGACGAUGCUGAGGAGCCCAAGCAGAGGACAAAGUCCUUCAUCCAAGCGCUGCUGAAGAAGAAUGAUCUGGAAAAGUUCCAGACGUGCACGGUGCAUCACUGUAAGAACGCCUACGCCUGCAGCAUCACUCACCAGUCCGGCUGGAAGCUGGCGUUCUCUGGCGACACCAUGCCCUGCGAUGCGUUCGUACACACUGGGAAGAAUGCAACCUUACUGAUCCACGAGGCCACGCUGGAAGACGGGCUGGAGGAGGAAGCGGUAGAGAAAAGACAUAGCACGACCUCCCAGGCCAUCGGUAUCGGCAUGAGGAUGAACGCCGACUUCAUCAUGCUGAACCACUUCAGCCAGCGUUACGCCAAGAUCCCUCUCUUCAGUGAAGACUUCACCGACAGAGUGGGGAUAUCAUUCGACCACAUGAGAAUUCGCUUUGGGGACUUUAAAAUCCUCCCCAGGCUCAUUCCCGCACUUAAAACCCUCUUCGCCGAGGAGAUCGGCGAGAUGGAGGAGAGACGGGAGAGGAGGGAACUGAGGAAUCCGAGAGGAAGCAGCUCUGAGCUGAACAGCGAGCAGACGACGCCCGACAUGGGCCGAGCAGCCAAAAGAGACCAGGAGGAGGCGACGACGCACGAUGUGGAGACGAAGAGGCUGAAAAUCAGCUGAAGCCUGACUGACGGACAAACAGACUUUAACUGAGAGCAUCCUGAGUUGUUUUUAUUUAAAUGAGUUAGACAUUUUUAUUUGGCUCGUGUGGUUUCAUUGAAGAAACAGCAAUGUAUAUUUUCUGCAUCGCAGUAUGCAAAGAUGAGCUGUGAAUCUCAGUUUUGCUUUUUCAUUAAACAGAAUAAAGUGAUGCCACACAGUCUGUAGUUUACAGAUCAGUCUAGACGUGUGAAUCAGUGGUUCACAACAUUUUCAUAAAAACAUAAAGCUCUAUCAACACCA